AUGGCAGAAUCCAUCAUGCAUUUCAAUGCUUCCCUCUUCUCUCAAUAUCCUGAUUUUCUUGAUCACUUGACAAGGAGCAUCGGGGACGCAAAGCCUGAUCUUUUUCUCCUGUACGAAGGUCUACAGCCUACCUGGGUUGAAAGUGCAUGGAGUUUUCUCGAGACUCAGCACGAGGGUCUAUCUAUAAGAAAGACUUUUAACUCCAAAGUCGGUGUUUUUACUCUCCACCUUAUGCCUGCUUAUUUACACGACUCGAUACAACCAUGGCACGCACAGUGCCAAAUGGAUUGGUAUCUCAAUGGCAUGAUAACAUUAGAUGAGAGUCUAGAUCUUCAUGCGUAUACCGGUACAACUCUGAAAUUCCGUGAAGGACCAUACUGUGGAAGUAGAAAAGAACCAGACGUUUUUAUUCAGUCCAUCUUCGUCAAGAUACCCACGCUUGUUAUGGAGUGUGGUUGGUGGGAGUCUAGUCCCGCACUCGAAAAUGACGUGAAUCUUCUCUUGGUAGGUGGCAAUGAAGCGGUCAAGCGAGUAUUCAUUGUCAAAUGGACAAAACAUCCGGACGACUAUCAUGUUAGUGGUUUUAUUAAAGUCUUUAAACUUGAUCGCAACGGAAUGCCAAUACAAGAAGGACCAAUACAUACCAUCUUUCCAGCGCCCUCCAACUCCCAAGAUCAACGCAUCAGCAUCCGCCGAAAGGACUUCUUCGCUGGAAGCCCAUACGCUAACAUAAACCCAAAUGGCAUGCUGGACUACCCCAUCGAUCCCUUGCGCAAAAUCGCCGCGCUUAACCUAGACCGCAUGGGGCUUACCCCAAGCACUUAA